CCUAACACGCGCCAACUGAAAAUGAAGUGAUGAAUCACCUCUCCUCCUCCUCCACCUGCCGCCGCAUCCGUUCUUUUGCCACCCUUCUCCUCAACCUCACCACCACCACCACCACCGCUAGAAGACUUUUCUCCACCCAAUCACGGCUAUCUUCGCCAAUAAACCAUCGAACAAAGUGGCCCCCACCAAAACCAAACCCAAAACCAUUCCAAUCUAAGUCCACCCCACCCCAGUUCCAAAACCCUGAAAGCCCUAAUUUCGACUCUUCCCCUGACUUCACCACCUUAUCGAACCUUCUUACCAAUCCUUCCCUUGAGCCCGACCCGGAGCUUGAAAAUGCCCUGAAUCAGGCCCGAGUUGAGCCUAGGCCGGAUUUGCUACUGCAGAUAUUCAACCAUUUUGAUUCUUCCCCUAAACCCUUGUACAUUUUCUACCUCUGGGCUGAGAAACAGCCGGGUUUUAAAUUCUCUCUGGCUGUUUUCAAUGCAUUGAUUAAUGUACUUGGGAAGGCCCGAGAGUUCAACCGGGCUUGGGCUUUAAUACAUGAUAAGAUUAAUGCUAGUGAAGAGAGGCCUAAUUUUGAUUCAUUUGUUAUUAUGAUCAGGAGAUUUGCAAGAGCAGGAUUGCCUUCACAAGCUAUUCAAACUUAUGAAUUUGCUUCCAAUUUGGCAUUUCGUCAGGCUUCAGAUUCAGAGCAGAAAUUGUUUGAGAUUUUAUUAGAUUCUUUAUGCAAGGAGGGACUUGUUAGGGUAGCUUACAAGUGUCUUAAAAAUCGAAGGGGACAGGAUACAAGCUGGGUUCCAUAUAUACGCAUUUACAAUAUACUGUUAAAUGGCUGGUUCCGAUCAAGGAAUUUAAAACAGGCUGAACGAUUUUGGAUGGAAAUGAAAAGGGAAAACAUUAAGCCGAGUAUUGUAACUUAUGGUACUCUUGUUGAAGGAUAUUGCCGGAUGGGCCAUGUUGAGGUAGCAAUGGGCUUAAUAGCUGAGAUGAAGAGGGAAGGAGUUGAGCCGAAUGCAAUUGUUUAUAAUCCAGUAAUUGAUGCUCUAGGAGAGGCGGGGAGGUUCAGGGAGGCACUGGGGAUGAUGGAACAGUUUUUGGUGUUGGUAUCUGGGCCAACUAUUUCGACCUAUAAUUCACUGGUUAAGGGUUUCUGUAAGGCUGGAGAUCUGGAAGGGGCAAGUAAGAUCAUCAAAAUGAUGAUAAAUAGAGGGUUUGUGCCAAGUGUAACGACUUAUAAUUAUUUCUUUAGGCACUUCUCAAAAUCAGGGAAGAUUGAUGAGGGCUUGAACCUUUAUGCUAAGAUAACUGACUCUGGAUAUGCACCAGAUCAGCUUACUUAUCAUCUUCUGGUGAAGAUGUUAUGUGUGCACGGAAAGUUGGACCUGUCAAUGCAAGUUGUUAAAGAGAUGAGGGCAAGUGGCUGUGAUCUGGACUUGGCUACAAGUACCAUGCUAAUCCAUUUGCUAGUCAAGACACAGCAUGUUGACAUGGCCUUUGAAGAAUUUGAGGAUAUGAUUCGCAGAGGAUUGGUCCCUCAGUACCUUACGUAUCAGAAGAUGAGUUUCGAAUUAAGGAAACAGGGAAAGCUAAAAAUGGCCCAGAAAAUUUCUGAUCUGAUGUCGUCUGUUCCUCACUCAAAGAAAUUGCCGAAUACAUAUGGUGCUCAUGAAGAACUAUCCCAUGCUAGAAAGAAAACUAUUAUGAAAAAAGCUGUAGUAAUGUCUGAUGUCUUAAAAACAUAUAGUAACCCAAGGAAGCUUGUGAAGCAUAGAUAUCUACCUAAGAGUGGUGUAUCACGUGCAGACAGGUGAUGGACGAUAUCAGGAAAGGAGUAAACAUGGAUUAAACCUGUCUUGUCCUGUUAAAUGAAUUCACUUCCUCAAAGGAUAUGUUAAGAAGGCUUAUUGAUAGUUUUCUUCUAAAGGAUGAGCGAGUCCACUAGGAGGCCUGAUGUAGUUCAAGGCUUAGACUCACUGUCUUUUGCAGGGUCUUUCAUUGAUUGCUGGUAUUCCUUUAACAGUCAUUUGGAGAUUUAAAUGUGGAAAACUUGAACUCCACCACUGAAUUAUGCAGCAUUGGUUUGAUACUUGUUAGGCUUCGUGUAUAACAGGAUGCCUAAAGUAUACUAACAGUUUUUGAAUGCAAAGGAUUGGAUCGAGGUUCAGAUUCCUGGCCAAUAUGCAGUGCCCAUGUCAGUAAAUAAAUGCAAAAGAUUUCCUCGGUGGAGAUGAUAGGAGAUGAUUUGAGCCAAGUGUUACUUCCAUUUGAAACUAUAUUUGAUGCAUUGGUGGAACCCGGAUUAUGAAAAGAGACACUAUGGCUGCUCGGAAAAUUUUUUUUUUUUUUCAAGUUGUGACAAUACCCACGAUCUCCACCUAUAAUGUGCUUGUGAAGGGUCCUGCAAGGGCAGAAAUAUGCAGAGUACUAGCGAAACCUCAAGAUGAGAUGAAUAGAGGUUCUCUGCCUACUUACUGAAGGUUGCUUUCUGGCAGACUAUCAUAAACUUGUUAGAUGUAGAAGAAAUGGUUUGACCAACUUUGGAAUUUUUGAUAGAGAUACAACUACAUGUAAUGUGAUUUAAUUUGCCUACUGGAAUCAUGGGGAUUUUUUUUCCUGGAGAGCAAUUAUCUUGAGAAAACCGUUGCAGCACUUGAAGAUGUAAUACCAAUUGAAGGUAUUCCACAGUGAGUGAAGUAUCUGUCAGUAACAAGUUGUCAACUUUGUUUGGACUUAGGAUGGUAUCUGUUCUCUCUCUUCAAAGGGAUUGCUCAGUGGGCAUCGCUAGGAAAUACACUCUUCACUUGCAAUUUGAAAAAUGAUAAUGCAGAUAGCUGAAACAUUGCGCGACAUAACAAGGUCACGAGGUUUGAGGGUGGAAAAAUAAUCAGUAGUUUCUCAACUCUCUGUUGUUUGCUUACAUGUAAUUUUUAGUGUUAGUUCCCUUCAACCAUGGUUUACUAUUAGUGCAAUGAAGUUGGUUUUAAUGUCUUGGAUCUAGGGCUUUUGUCCCUUUUUCUUUCCAGGCACGAACUGAAUAGACUAGUUUCAGCAUAGACCUGAUGUUGUAUUUGAAAGUACAUGUUGUAUAGUUGCAGUGAUCCUUGACAACGUGCCUCCAGAGUUGAGGAAAGACACAUUUUGCCAGCAGCCUGUGUCUCUGUGUGCAGCCAGAGUGUGGCAGCUGACUUGUCUUGAGUUUCAGCAUCUCUGUCAUGCUUAUGAGUUGAAACAUUUUUUCGUUCCCCCUCUUUCCUAAACGAAUAACUUAUUAUGUUUGUUAAACGUCC